AGAAAGAAAGAUGGAGAUGUUGAAAAAUGAGAUUCCAACUGAGGAGGAAACAGUGUUGAUAUCUGAGGAUGCAAAGGCUGGUUUGGUUCUUGUAGACAUCAUCAAUGGCUUCUGCACCGUUGGAGCCGGCAACCUAGCGCCAAGGGAAGAGAACAGGCAGAUAUUGGAGAUGAUUGAAGAAUCAGCAAAAGUUGCCAAAGUGUUUUGUGAGAAAAAGUGGCCUGUGCUUGCUUUCCUGGACUCACACCAACCUGGGAAACUAGAGCACCCUUACCCUCCACACUGCAUCAACGGCACCGAUGAGUCCAACCUCGUCCCUUCUCUGAGAUGGAUUGAAGAAGAGCCGAACGUGACGAUUAGGCGCAAAGAUUGCUACGAUGGCUUCGUGGGUUCGAUCCAGGAGGAUGGUUCCAAUACCUUUGUUGAUUGGGUCAAGAAGAACAAGAUACAACUUUUGGUGGUGGUAGGGAUCUGCACAGACAUAUGUGUGUUGGACUUUGUUUGCUCCACCAUAUCGGCCAAAAACCACGGCCUCCUCCACCCACUAAACGACGUCGUCGUCUACUCCAAAGCAUGUGCUACUUUCGAUUUUCCAGCGUCAGAGGCAGCAGGCUCCAAACACCUACAAGCUCACCCCCAAGAGCUCAUGCAUCACAUAGGCCUUUACAUGGCUAAGGGAAGAGGGGCCAAGAUCGCCACACAACUCACCUUUCAUCACUGAAAUCCGUCUUACUAUUAUGUAUGUGGUGACCUAAACAAAACACAUGUAUCCUCUAUUACAUAAACAAGCUCAUGUAUAUGCAGCAGCCAUUUCUGAAUACAAAUGCCUACUCAAGGACACAGUUCCUUCCUUCAA